AUAUUAAAAGAUUUUAACGGUGCGGGGGAGAGACUAUUAACACAUCAUCGUCGGUCGAUGAUGACAACAUCUCUGCUUCUUCUCAGACAUUCCUCCUCUUCAGCUCUCUUCUUCUCUUCAUCUUCUUCUCUCGUCUUCACCAAGAACACCAACUCUCCUCGUUCCUUCGCUUCAAUCAAGAUGGAAAGCGCCGGAGAACAAAACGCGUCCAAGAAGAAGAAGGUGUUCGUCGCUGGAGCCACGGGACAGACCGGGAAGAGGAUCGUUGAACAGCUCUUAUCCCGUGGCUUCGCCGUCAAAGCAGGUGUUCGUGACGUAGACAAAGCAAAAACAUCUUUCAGACAAGACCCUUCUCUUCACUUCGUUAAAGCAGACGUGACAGAAGGCUCAGAGAAGCUAGCAGAAGCCAUAGGCGACGACUCACAAGCCGUGAUCUGCGCUACUGGUUUCCGUCCCGGGUUCGAUCUCUUCGCUCCUUGGAAGAUCGAUAACUACGGAACCGUGAACCUUGUGGAUGCUUGUAAGAAACAAAAGGUGAACAGGUUUGUUCUCGUGAGCUCGAUCUUGGUGAACGGAGCUGCCAUGGGACAGAUUUUAAACCCCGCUUACAUCUUCCUCAACGUCUUUGGACUCACUCUCGUCGCUAAGCUUCAAGCAGAGAAGUAUAUCAAAAGAUCUGGGAUUAACUAUACCAUAGUUAGACCUGGUGGUCUUAAGAACGAUCCUCCAUCAGGAAACGUAGUCAUGGAGCCUGAGGAUACUUUGUCUGGAGGGAGCAUAUCGAGAGACCUGGUAGCUGAAGUUGCGGUGGAAGCUUUGCUUAAUGAGGAGGAAUCAUCUUUCAAGGUUGUGGAGAUAGUUGCUAGUGCUGAUGCUCCUAAACGUUCCUACAAAGAUCUCUUUGCUUCUGUUAAAGGAGGACAUUAAUAACUAGAAUGUAUUAUUACAAAACCCUUUAUUUCUCUUACUGUCUUUUGAGUACAACAACAACAAACAGAGAUACAUAAGCUUCAAAAAAACAUAAACCAAGUUUGAGAGUUUUAUUCA